GGCGGCUCUUCUAAUCGGGAAAUUCCAGUCUCGCGUAAGGCACUUCUUUAAGUGGGAACCUGCCCCUUUAAAUAAGCCUCUGUCGGAGGCGAAAUAUUUUAAGUCUUCCGGACUUGCGCACAACGUUGUGCAGAGGAAUGCCUUCACCUGGAGGUGAGGCAUUGUUAUUAAAGAAUGGAAGAAGAUACAGAUUUUAGAAUCAGAUUUAGUUCUUUGUGUUUCAUUACUGAUCAUGUUGGAUUUCAUGGCACUAUAAAAAGUUCACCAAGUGACUUCGUUGUUAUUGAGAUAGAUGAACAAGGACAGUUAGUUAAUAAGGCCAUUGAUGAACUUAUUUGCAAAAUUAGUAAAGUACUGCCUGAGCCAAGUAAUUUUACCAAAAAAACAAAACUAGAUCUUCAAAAUUUACCUUUUGAAGAGGGAAGCAACAAAGAAGCCAGUACUUUGGUUGAGUGCUCCAAUGAUGACCAAAACCCUCAGUGUGGUUCAAAAAAGGAUACAAUCAACAAUGGAACUCCUGAAUGUGAAGAAGAAAAGGUUGAUGUGUUAGGCUCUUUGUUAGAUGAGAGAACUAAUGAAUUACUGACUCAGUUUGCCUGUGAUGUAAAAGAGAAAUGGAAUUCCAAAACUGAGCUAGUUGGACCAUCUCCUGAAUUCUCACUAGGCAAAAUCCUUGACAAAAACCAGAGGGCUAUUUUGCAUAGUGCUAUUAGGCAGAAGUUUCCUUUCUUAAUAACUGUAGGAAAAAACAGUGAAAUUGUUGUAAAACCAAAUAUUGAGUAUAAAGAACUCUGUCUCUUGGUAUCUGAAGAAGAAGCAUUUGACUUUUUUAAAUAUUUGGAUGCAAAGAAAGAAAAUUCGAAAUUUACUUUUAAACCUGAUACGGACAAAGACCAUAGAAAAGCUGUUCACCAUUUUGUCAAUAAAAAAUUCGGAAAUCUUGUGGAAACCAAAUCUUUUCCUGAACCUAAUUACAAUGCUGGUAAUCCAAAUAUAGUGAUAACAGUAAGAUUUCGAGAAAAAGCACACAAGCACAGGAAAAGGUCUCUUCUUGAAUACCAGGAAAGAAAAGUUAUAUACACAGCCUUUACCCUACGAAAAGAAAAUAUGGAAAUGUUUGAAGCAGUUGGUUUUUUAGCUAUCAAACUUGGUGUGAUUUCUUCGGAUUUUAGUUAUGCAGGCCUUAAAGACAAGAAAGCCAUCACCUAUCAAGCGAUGGUGGUUAGAAAAGUGACUCCAGAAAGGUUGAAAAAUAUUGAAAAAGAAAUUGAAAAGAAAAGAAUGAAUGUGUUUAAUAUUCGGUCUGUAGACGAUUCCCUUAGACUCGGUCAGCUCAAAGGAAAUCACUUUGAUAUUGUCAUCAGAAAUUUAAAAACCCAAAUAAAUGAUUCAGCAAACCUGAGAGAGAGAAUUUUGGAGGCAAUAGAAAAUGUUAAGAAUAAAGGUUUUGUGAAUUACUAUGGACCACAGAGAUUUGGGAUAGGAAGGAGAGUUCACACAGAUCAAAUUGGAUUGGCUUUGCUGAAAGGUGAAAUGGUAAAGGCUGUAACAUUAUUUCUUACACCAGAAGAUUUGGAUGAUCCUGUAAAUAGAGCAAAGAAAUAUUUUCUUCAAACUGAGGAUGCUAAAGGCACACUUUCAUUGAUGCCUGAAUUCAAAGUUCGAGAAAGAGCAUUGUUGGAGUCAUUGCAUCGCUUUGGCAUGACAGAAGAGGGUUGUGUCCAGGCAUGGUUCGCAUUUCCCCAUUCUAUGCGCAUUUUCUAUGUUCAUGCAUAUAGCAGCAAAAUUUGGAAUGAGGCAGUAUCUUAUAGACUUGCAACCUAUGGACCAAGAGUGGUGGAGGGUGAUUUGGUCUGUUUGGAUGAAGAUGGUGAUGAUGAGCAUUUCCUAAAUAGUAAAGUUCAUCUAGUAACUGAAGAAGAGGAAUCGGCUAAUACAUAUGCAAUACAUCAGGUGGUUCUCCCAGUGCUUGGAUAUAAUAUUCAGUACCCAAAGAACAAAGUAGGGUUGUGGUACCAGGAAGUACUUCACAGAGAUGGACUGCAGACAUGUAGGUUUAGAGUACCUACUCUGAAACUGAAUGUUCCAGGAUGCUAUAGAAAGAUUUUGAAACAACCCCAUAAUCUCUCAUACCAACUAAUAGAAGAGAAUGAUAUUGAUGUCAGAGCAGAGGGUUCCCACAUCGAUGAAGCACCUUUAUCUCUUUUGAUCUCUUUUGAUCUUGAUGCUUCGUGUUAUGCUACAGUUUGUCUGAGGGAAAUAAUGAAGCAUGACUUUUAAAACUGGUACCCUUUAUAUAAUUGUAUAUAUGUCACUCUUUAAAAGGAGCUAAAAUUUCUUAAGCAUCUGCCAUGUGUUAGGAGAUUUAUAAUUGUUACCUCCGUUAAUUAUACAAUAGCCUGAUGAAGUAGGAAUUUGAUACUAACAUUCCAGAGGACAUGAAACUAGUAAGUGGCAGGGUCUGAAUUUAAGACUCCGAAGCCUGAGUUUUUUUUAUAAUCUAAUGUCUCAAUGACCUUUAUUCUGUGCUAUAAAAGCUGCAAUCUUUCUGGACUAUUAGGAGCAUAUAAUACUAUAAACAUUUAAGAAAAAAUGUUUUGGAAUACUGUUUACAUCCUGUAGCUCCUUGCUUAGAAUGUAGAUGAAGCUAGGUUGUAAUGAAAGAAUAUGUUUGUAGAGAUAGAUGAAGCAUUUUGUUAAUCAUUAUUGUUAUUCUUUCCUAUUUUUCAAAUUAUUCAUCAAAACAAUAUAUCAGAGAAAUGUAAUCCCUCUAUUUAUGAGAACUACCCUGGGGUAGUUUAGUCUUGUGAGAUAAAUAAUCUUUGAUGAAGAUUGAAAUAAAAUUUUUUAUACAGUUUCUUUAUCUUA